UAAUUCAGUAGUGUAACAACUCAGGCACAAUAUGGCACGUCUUAGUGUACUCUGUGUUUUAGUUAUCGUACUUUCUGUUUACUUGGAAAGAUCUGAUGCAGCCUCACGUCCAGUUCGGUCGCCUCAAUUUGGAAGACCGUACCCACCGUUUGGGCCCCCACCCCCACCUCCACCAGUAAGAUGCUUUGGACCAGUUUGCAGACCAUUUGGCCCAGAACGCUUUGAACGAAGACAUCACUUUAAUCCCUAUGAAAAUAGAGGUUAUUAUCCACCGGGCGUCGGAAACGGAGGGUCUAUCAGUAUUUCCAAGACUAUCAGCAUCAGUGCUGGUGGUAACGCUCAGUCCAGCGCCGCAUCCAGCGCUGGCGGUGGAAGGUCAAGCGCUGGAUCCCAAGCUUCCAGUAUAAGUGGCAAAUAAUUUAUAGUUAUACGUUUAAAAUAAAUGUUAUUUUAUUGUUAAGUA